CGUACCAGCUAUAUUAGUGCCUGGAAUAGCUUCAUGCCAGCUCUUUUGUAGGCAGCCCACCUCGUCCGCCUGGACUCUCUGCUACUUCCCAGUUUCGCCACAACAGCCUCUCUCUGAGCGAGGACCUCAUCAGACAAACCGCGGUCCUUUCCCCCCCUUGAGACCCAAAGCAUCGACAAUGUCACUGGCCAUUGACAAGAUCCUGGCCGCAGCCCCGGUCACGGCCCGUGGACAACCGACUCCGCUCUCGACCGAUGCAAAGGGAGAGCGGAUAGCAUAUGCUUCCGGCAAGUCGAUCUUUGUCCGCUCCAUCGACAACCCCUCCGACUGCAAGCAGUACACCAACCACACCGCCCAAACCACUGUUGCGCGAUUCUCCCCGAGCGGGUUCUACAUUGCUAGCGGAGAUGUGUCUGGUGCCGUCAAGGUUUGGGACUCUGUGGAAGCUGUAAACACCAAAGGAGAAUACCACAUCAUAUCCGGCCGCAUCAACGACAUUGCCUGGGAUGGCGAGUCGCAGCGCAUCAUCGCGGUUGGCGACGGCCGCGAGCGGUUCGGCCACUGCAUCACCGCAGACAGCGGCAACAGCGUGGGCGAGAUCUCGGGCCACUCCAAGGUCAUCAACGCGGUCGCCAUGCGGGCCUCGCGGCCUUUCCGCGCCGUCACCGUGAGCGACGACAUGACGGUCUGCUUCCUGCACGGCGCGCCGUUCAAGUUCAACUCCAAGUCGACCGAGCACAAGGGUUUUGUCAUGGGUGCCGCGUACUCGCCAGACGGCAACACUUUUGUCACGGUCGGCGCCGACAGGAAGAUCCAGCUGUACGAUGGCAAGACGGGCGAGCCCACGCGGAGCAUCGGCGAGGGCGAGCACACGGGCAGCAUCUUUGCGGUCAGCUGGGCACAGGAUUCGAAGCGCUUCGUCACCGCCAGUGCCGACCAGACCGUGAAGCUCUGGGACGUCGAGGCCGGCAAGGUCACACAGUCAUGGAGAUUCGGCGGCGACGGCGUCAGCGUGCAGGACCAGCAGGUCGGUGUCGUCUUCCCGCACGGCCGAAGCGAUGGUCUGAUCAUCAGCCUGAACCUCAACGGCGACCUCAACUACCUGAAGGAGGGCAGUGCCGAGCCCGUGAAAGUUGUGCAAGGCCACAACAAGGCCAUCACCGCGCUGGGCGUGGCCUCGGAUGGCAAGAGCGACAAACUGUGGACGGGCAGCUUCGACGGCAAGGUGUGCUCGUGGGACGUCUCCGCGGGAGUCGGCGCAGUUGUGGACGGCCAGACGCAUACCAACCAGGUUGUCCAGUUCGGCUCGGACGCCGGCAGGGCAUACAGUGUUGGCUGGGACGACACGCUCCGCAUCGUCGACGAGUCGGCCAACACUUUCGCAGGCGAGAGCACAAAGCUCGCCGCCCAGCCCAAGGGCAUCGCCGCCGCCAACGGCCGCGUGUACGUCGCCACCGGCUCGGGCGUCGAGAUCUACGAGGACGGCAAGCUCGCGGGCCAGGUCGACAUCGCCGGCGGCCAGCCCACCGCCAUUGCUGCUCACGGCUCGCUCGUCGCCGUCGGCACGGCCGGCAACGCUGUGCAGCUGUUCGACGCCGCCGGCGGGAGCAAGCUCUCCCUCGUCGCGGAGGCCAAGAACAGCCUCGCCCAGAUCUCGGCGCUGGCCUUCUCCAAGGACGGCUCGCACCUGGCGGCCGGCGCCUCGAACGGCAAGAUCUACGCCUACAAGACUUCUUCCCUUCCCUCGUCGGGCAGCCUGGACCUCGCCACAGACCGCUGGUCCGCACACACGGGCCGCGUCACGAGCAUAGCCUGGAACGAGGCCGGCACGCACGCGGCCAGCGGCGCCCUCGACACAAACGUGUUUGUCUGGUCGCUCGCCAAGCCGGGCAGCAGGGUCAAGGCGCUCAACGCGCACAAGGACGGCGUAUAUGGCGUCGCGUGGGUCGGCGCCGGCAGGGUCGCGUCCACGGGAGGCGACGCCGCCAUCAAGAUCUGGAGUGCUUCAGGACUGCAGUAGAACCAGGCGUGCGGGGAGGUUGGAUGGAGACUCGAGUUGACGUGUAGAGCGCAUCUCGACAAAGACGAUGUGUGUAUACCUCAAGAGCAUCCUUGAAGUCCAGACACGUGCUUGGGCCCUUUUUGGCAAAGAUGGAGACGGAUGAUGCCUAGAGUUGUCCCUGAGAGCAUGAGGUGUGUUGAAGCAAGUAGUAGAGCAAUGCACAUAUACAUCACAAGUACGCUAUGCCAGAAAUUGACCUUUGGACUGCAAAGACGUGGUGCUGUGCUGCAUGCUUCGUGACAGAUUAUAGUCUCCAGCAUGUUGCCCUU